CAGAGCGAUGCUGCAGCUGGCCGAGUAUAACAUAUGCUCGCCUGCAUCCGUGAUUCACAGAAGGUGGGAAAAGAAUUCCAAUGUGUGUCCUUCCCCAUUUUCUGCACUUGACCACAGAGUCAGACCUGUACCAAGGCAGCAGGGACUGCUGGGAACAUUCUCUCCGCGCAAAGGAGAAUAUUAUGAGGGCAACUCUGCACAGCAAUGGGCUCUCCCUCCCCACAUGAUAAAGGGUGACAUGCCUGAAUGAAGAGAAUUCUGCUAUUGAAAGCCAUAGAUUUGAAUUUUUUUAAAAGCUCUUAACACAGACCAAGGACUUACAAAGCAUGCCAAUACAUUUGGUCUGACUUCAUAACAAACCUUGAACCCUUCUUGGAGAUUACAAGAUGCAUCUUCAUAAAAACUCUGCUGGGGAUAUCCUUGAAAGCUGCUGUUUAAAAAAAACAUGGUCUGGUUAUAGUCACAAGCAUCCCUUUAUCCACAAGAAACUGAGACUUAUUCGGAUACUUGGUCUUUUUAUUAGCAUAACAGCCAUUAGUACUCUGUCUUUUACAAUUGUUGCCUUUUAUAAUAAAGACAGUUAUACAAAUGAAGUCGCCACUGUUACAGAAAGCCAAUCUCUGCCACGGAGGCAUCUGCGAACUCUGAUGGACUUUCCUGAGCAAAUCCAAAAUGAUACCCCUGGUUCUGGGAAUUCCAUGGCACAGAAAACUAAGGACAAUGAAACUGGAGGCCAUGCAUCUAAAGGAGAAUACCCAGAAGACCUUUUUUCUUUAGAAGAAAGACAGAAGGGUGCAGUUAUCCUCCAUAUAUUUGGGAUGAUUUAUAUGUUUAUAGCACUAGCUGUAGUCUGUGAUGAAUUCUUUGUUCCAUCGUUAACUGUAAUCACAGAAAAACUGGGCAUUUCUGAUGAUGUGGCUGGAGCUACUUUUAUGGCUGCUGGUGGCUCUGCCCCUGAGUUAUUCACAUCAUUAAUAGGGGUAUUUAUUUCUCAUAGCAAUGUUGGAAUUGGGACCAUAGUUGGAUCAGCAGUGUUCAAUAUCCUCUUUGUCAUUGGCAUGUGUGCUUUAUUCUCCAAGGAAAUUCUAAACCUUACUUGGUGGCCACUUUUUCGAGAUGUGUCAUUUUAUAUUGUGGGCUUGAUCAUGCUCAUAACAUUUUUCCUGGACAAUUUUAUCCAGUGGUGGGAAAGUCUGUUGCUACUGGUGGCCUAUUUAAUGUACGUUACCUUUAUGAAGUACAAUGUCCAAGUAGAAAACUUUGUGAAGAGGAAAAUCAACAGGAACAAAGUUGUUAAGGUACCAUCAGCCAAUACCGACGGAAAGGAUCAACCAAACAUUCUGGUGGAGUCAAGGGUUCCCCCAGAACAUGAAGGAGUUGCUAUGGACAUAAGACAUGGAGAACUAAAUGAAACUGCUGGUUUAAAAGAGACUUGGACUGAAACAGCUACUUCCCCAGGCAAGACAAAGCCACGUUUACAAAGAGGAGGUAGCUCAGCCUCUCUGCAUAAUAGUUUGAUGAGGAACAGCAUUUUCCAGCUAAUGAUACACACAUUGGAUCCUCUUUCCGAAGAGAUUGGAGCAUAUGGAAAACUAAAAUAUUAUGACACUAUGACUGAAGAAGGCAAGUUCAGGGAGAAAGCAUCAAUCCUUCACAAGAUGGCUAAAAAGAAGUGUCAGGUAGAAGACAGUGAACGGCUAAAUGGUGCUGCCAGCUAUACAGAAAAGGUUGAUCUUCCCAACACUGCUAAUGUAGAGUUUGAAGUGACACCACCAAAAGAAUCUACAGGUCCAGUUCAAAAUGGAAAUGUUUCACAUAACACUGAAGCUGGAGAAACACAGAUUCCAGCUGCAGAGCAAACUGAGGAAGAUGACCAGCCUCUAAGUUUAGCAUGGCCAACAACCAUUCGCAAGCAAGCUGCGUAUCUCGCAGUUCUGCCUAUUGUAUUUCCUUUGUGGGUCACCUUACCUGAUGUUCGAAAUCCAAACUCUAGAAAAUUUUUUCCAGUAACGUUUUUUGGAUCUAUCACUUGGAUUGCUGUUUUUUCAUAUUUAAUGGUCUGGUGGGCUCAUCAGGUUGGAGAAACUAUUGGUAUCACAGAAGAAAUUAUGGGACUCACUAUAUUAGCUGCUGGCACUUCAAUCCCAGACCUUAUAACAAGUGUUAUUGUUGCACGUAAAGGGCUAGGGGAUAUGGCAGUAUCUAGCUCUGUAGGAAGCAACAUUUUUGACAUUACAGUUGGCCUUCCUAUGCCGUGGCUCCUUUAUUCUGUAAGUCACAAUAUGAUACCUGUAGCAGUUAGCAGCAAUGGCUUAUUCUGUGCAAUUGUCCUUCUUUUCAUUAUGCUGCUAUUCGUUAUCCUGUCCAUCGCUUUCUGCAAAUGGAAGAUGAACAAGAUCCUGGGUUGUACGAUGUUUGGACUCUACUUUGUUUUCCUAGUGGUCAGCGUUCUUCUUGAGAAGCAAAUCAUCACAUGUCCUGCAACUGUCUAGGUUUAAACACUGCAUCGUAAUUAUUAUUAUUAAAAGCCACUAUUCGCAAGAAGAGUGGGCUUUGUCUCCUACAUGCCAGUUUGAAUCAAUAUCAGACUCAUAAAAGGGGUCUUAAAAAAGCCAUGAUGGUUACAAGAUCAAUCUGUGGAUUCUUUAAUGAAAAUUCUAGGAGAUAUAUGAAAACACUGUAUAUUUUUCGAAUGCACGUUGUAUUACUCUACUACUCUAUUUACAUAUAAUCUAAAUAUGCAGGGUAUAUUUAACAAAGGAAAGGCAAUAGAUUAAAUGGAAUAUGUAGAAAGUGCUCACAUUCCUCUGGAAAUCCCUUUGCAUCUGUUAGCCAUAAAUAGAGUAAACAUAUCAUUCCGCCACCGUGGUUAUAUUUGAACACGUGUAUGCCUGCAGUAGCAAGUUAGUAUGAAAGAAGCAUUUUAAUAGCACUUCCAGAACAUAAAAUAUAAUCUUAUUCUGGAAUGAGUGCUACCUAGGCAGUUUGUAACUAAACACUACAGUAGGUAGGUUAAAUGGUACAUUAAGUUAACAAUCACAUACAUUCUCAGUGGCAGUAUUGCACAGCUUUAAAUAGAUGAACAGAUUCCACUGUGUAGACACAUAUUUAUCCAUUCCCAGUCAAAGUCACCUUGAACGGUACUAUAGGGACCAUGCGAUCAAUUCAGAUUUUAGCAUCCUAUUAUUGGGAUAUCAUUUUUCUAUGGUAAUUGCAAGACAUAGUGAAAAAAUAAACAGGAAAAUGACGUAAAACUGUGUGUAAAUAUUUUUCUGUGGUUUCUCAUUCUACCCCCCUUCCAUUAAAAUCAACUCCUUGACAGACAACUGAACUGACUUGCUUCAGAUAGCAAAUGUCAUUAAUUAGUAAAAUAUAGUAAGCAUAUGGCAAGCUUUUAUUUUUUUAAAAAAAAGUGAUUAAUUCACAGUUAGAAUCAAAAUGAUCUAUAGAGAAUCUCACCCAUUGUCGGAUUGUGUUUGUUCCUAGGCACGUUUGAAGAGGGACAGGGCUUAUUGAAUUGCUAUUCUUGCUUGUCUCUCUGUUACUUUCAAGUGGGUGGGGCUACAAUUAAUCUCUUGCCAAUCAGAGAAUUCAGAUACUCACAGUACAAUGCCUAAUACCCUUUCAGACAGCAAAAACAACAUAUUUGAAAGCACUUUAAUAUAACAGUUAUGCAUCCAAAUUGUUUGCCUCACAGAUUACCAGGAUUACCAAAAUUACUAUAUAUAUAUAUAUAUAUAUAUAUAUAUAUAUGUAUAUAUCAACACUUUCUUAAUUUGGUCCUAAAACUUGUUCUAUUUGCACAUCAUCGCCAAUGUGAAAGCCAUUGCAAAUUCUUUUAGAAAAAGUGACGGUUUAGUUGACGCUAGCAAUAUGAUUUGGAUUAAUUGGAAGAACAAUUGCUGUACAUGUCAGUGUAACAUGGGGAUCCCCAACCUUUUAUACCUGUGCCACAUUUAAAUGGAAAAAGUGUUGGAGAGCAACAUAAGCAUGAAAAAGG